UAUUUUCUAUUUGGGCCGGAAGUUGGGAUCCCAACGUCUAAUGGUGAUACAUAAACAUCCUUGCAUUCAUAUAGCCAUCACAUGAGUUGUAGUUAGGACAAGACAGAGCGCUGUACUGGUAGUGACCGGCUGGUAGCGUUUUACAACCUCACGUACGACAAGCUAACUCAGACACGUCACUCGGAAAGUUAAAUGGGCCUACGAACCUGUUGGAAGUCUCCGUGUUCUGGUGCUGGUGUGCGUCGCAUAACACCUGAGUUCUUCUACGACCUCCUUAACACCCUUUCAGAUAUACAACGAUGCUAGAAGGUGUUGUUAGUCCUCAGGAACUAGAUCUCCCCACAGACUUCGUGUAGGCUUGUAUCACAUGGUGGACCCAGAUACGCGGCUUCAAAUGAGUUCCUGCCCCGUCAUGCAGCUUAGUACAAGUCAGCUCAGCCUAGAAUGCAGGAAGAGAAACCGACCUAUACGUGUUUCAUUGAAUCCAGCCCAUCUUCAAGAUACCGGGAAGGCCCCGGUAGCCUGUUAUAAUCCGGUUUGCCACAUUGUGAGGCGGUCGAAACAUGCCAAAAAGUAAUGUAGGGCGGAAGGGUUAGAAAUAAUCUGGAGAGAUAUGGAUGCAUGUACGAAGUCAGCACUGCCCCUGGGAGAUGACCCCGG